GGAAACAAGAGUAAAAGUCGAGCUCCGCCGUCACGUUGAGUUGCAUUUGCCUGUUUUGGAAAUUACAUCACCUUCCUCCCGCCAUCAUGUCGUCCGCGGUCCGCAAGCAGGCGCCGCGUCCUGCGCGUCCAGCCGCCCGUUACUGGAAGGGGAAGGCACCAAAGGGUGUCGACGUCACCGCUCUAUCCGAGUCAGAAGACGAAGAGGAGCAGAAUGAACUCCAGGAAGAGGGCGAUGUCUCGAUGGCGGGGGACCAACUCGUGAAGGAGGAAGAUGACGAGGAAGAGGACAUGCAGAUGCGGACUGUUGCUCAGAAGGCGGCGGCCAAGACGAUGAACGUCACGCUGAAGGACGUGAACAUCUCCAAGGACGGCAAGGUCAUAGUCGCGGGGAGGGAGGAGAGCGGGAGAACAUUGGAAGAGGAAGAAGAGUCUGAAGAAGAGUCGGAGGAAGAUGACGUGAAGCCCGGCGCUCCAGAGGCCACGUCCUCCAGCGAGUACGAGUCGGAGUCCGAAGAGGAAGAGAAGCCUAAGCUCCAAUUCCGACCCGUGUUUGUGCCAAAGCGAAGUCGUGUCACGAUCGCUGAGCGUGAGGCUAUAGCUGAGGACACCGAGGAGGCUAUCAGACGCAAAGAGGAAGAGGCCGCCGAGCGCAAGAAAGAGUCUCACGACCUUGUUGCUGAGAGCAUCAAGCGUGAAUUGGCCGAGAGUGCGUCUCUACGGCCCUCUAAGUCAUCCCCCAAUCUAACAUAGGCUACUCUUACAGAGCAGAAGGAAGAGGAAGUCCCGGACGUCGACGACACGGAUGGCAUCGACCCCGACGGCGAGUUCGAGGCGUGGCGCCUGCGUGAGCUCGCGCGCAUCAAGCGUGACAAGGAAGAGCAACUCCGCCGCGACGAAGAACGCGAAGAAAUCGAACGCCGCCGGGCCCUUCCAGAGGAGCAGCGCCUGCGCGAAGACCUCGAGCACGCGCAAAAGCUCCGCGAGUCCAAGCCCAAAGGCUCGCAGAAGUUCCUCCAGAAAUACUGGCACAAGGGCGCCUUCCA